AUGCUUUCCUACAAGGCCCCCAAGCUCAUUGACACCAAGGCUGAUUUCAGUCCUUACGUUUACCUCGGUGAACUCGCAGGAACGUUCAUGUUCUUGACCAUUGCAUUUCUCAUGGCGGCCACUGCCAACGACGUUGCCGGCAACCAAGGCAUCGUCGAGAACGCCCAAGUGCAAUCCAUCUCUGUUGCCUUCGGUUUCGGCUUGGCCACCGCCAUCUUGGCCUUCGGCGACCUCUCGGGCGGUCACUACAACCCAGCCGUUGCUCUCGGGUUCGUUCUGACUGGCGACAUCUCCGUCACUCGUUUCUUGCUAGAGGUUGGCGUUCAGCUUUUGGCUGCCAUUGCCUCUGCCGAGGCCGUUUCCGGAUGGGUCGCUGGCCCAGUCAACUUCGCCAACGGCAUUGACCGUGACUUCAUGAACGUUGGUCGCGCUCUAACCCUUGAGGCCUUCUGCACUUUCCUCCUAAUCAUCACCGUCUUCGUCGUUGUCCACAAGAAGGUUGCCCCAGUCACUGCCGCCUUCGUCAUCGGUUUCUCUCUAUUCAUGGGCCACAUGAUCUGUGUCCCCAACACUGGUGCUGGACUCAACCCUGCCAGAACUUUCGGCCCUUGCGUCGCUGCCAGAGAAUUCCCUGGUUACCACUGGCUCUACUGGGUUGGUCCUUUCGUUGGAUCCGUUUUUGCCGCUCUACUAAAACCUCUUGCUCUUCAUGUCUUCGACGAGAGCAAGACCUCCACUGCCUCCAACGAGAUCAUUGAAGUGAGCGAGGACAGUGAGGUUGAGGCCAAGGUUUAG